GACUAAACCUAAUAAAUUCAUUAUGUUACGAGAAUUGCAGUUUCCAACCCGAUGGCGUAAUACAUCCCCAAUACAUCCCCAUAAUGAUUGUCCGACCCAAGAGACUUCCUUCGUCUUUCUAUAUAACAUUCGCAAUACCCUUAAGGCAACCAUCUUCGCAACGAAUUAGAUUCAUUUCCCAUCAUAAGUCAUUUACUAGGUGUGUUAAUCACCAGUGUUUUAGAAGCAUGUCUCAAAAUACCAAAAUCGAGUAUCAGAAGGAUGGUCAUUUCACCAGACCAGCCAGUACAUUCCGGAACUUCGUCUCCGCAGAUCCCAAAACUCAGUUUCCUGCUGAGAAAGGACGCUACGCACUAUACAUUUCCCCGGGUUGUCCAUGGGCGCACCGUACUAUAAUCGUGCGUGCCCUUAAGCGUCUCGAGGAUGUCAUUGACUUGUACAUUUUAAGCCCAUCCAUGGGCGAGAAGGGCUGGUUUUUCGACGGCGCGCAUGGUACUCUGCCUAAAGACCCCCUGUACGGCUUCACCUAUUUACGGGAGCUGUACUUCAAAGCGAACCCCGACUUCGACGGUAGGUUUACCGUGCCUGUGCUAUGGGAUAAGAAGGCCGGCACCAUCGUCAACAAUGAAUCCAGCGAGAUCAUCCGCAUGUUAUACUGCGAGUUCGACGCCUUCAUCCCGGAGCAAUUUAGGGAGGUGAAUAAGCCUGGUGGCGGUUUAUAUCCGGAACACCUUCGCAAGGACAUCGACGAGCUGAAUGAAUGGGUCUAUGACACGGUAAACAAUGGCGUGUACAAGUGCGGGUUCGCCACCAAGCAAGAAUCCUACGACCAAAAUGUUUAUCCCCUAUUCAAGUCGCUCGAUCGGCUUGAAUCCCUCCUAGCGACUCAAGGGAAGCCUUUCUUAUUCGGCGACCAAAUAACCGAGGCUGACAUUCGCCUCUAUACGACUAUCGCACGCUUUGACGUCGCGUACUACCCAGUGUUCCUCUGUAACCUUAAGAGCAUCCGCCACGACUACCCUCACCUACAUCUGUGGUUCCGCCGUCUAUAUUGGGACGAGAGCGCGAUCACAGGCGGUGCUUUCCAUAAGACCACCGAACCGUGGAUCGGUUUGUACUCUACGGGUUACUCGACCGCGAGGAAUAGGGUUACAAACAGCCAAGCUGCCGUCAUUGUGCCCAGAGGGCCGGCCGUGCUUGUUGAGCCCCUGGCGGAGAGCGAGAAGUUGAAACUUUGAUGAGAUUUCUAUGUAGUUUUGAUCAAAUUGGACGAUCAUAACGACGUAACGAGGUUGCAAAACCACAUGAAAGAGCUUAACUGUCAUAUUCGAGAUAUUUGGAUUUAAUGGCAAUCACAGAUGUCUAGAGUGCGUUUUAUAGGUACUUAGGUUACUGAGGCCUGUCUAAAGAUGUAGUGCAAGAUGAUACUAAAUGAGUAUAAAUCUAGUGGUGCUUUAAUCGAAUCUGCGAUAUGUGAGACCGCCUACUCACCACAAUUAGCCAUGAAUUAUCUCAAUCUGUGGUGGAGUUGUACACAUGGAAUGAAACCUCUUUACCCCUCUUAUAUUUUCCCAUUUUUUUUACUUUUCUUCAGUGAGUGACUAUGUAUCUUCUAAGCUGCAAGUUACAAGCUCCCGAAUGAGAUUACGUUAUUCAAGCGAGCUCUUCAGCUCAGGAGUAUGAGAGCUAGUUCACUUAACCCAUAAACUUACCCCUGAACCCAUUCCUCAACCACGAGUUUCUUCUUACUACUUAUGUUUUUUCUUAAUUUCAACUAAUCUGGAGGCAAGCACUCUUUUUCGAGACGAGUAAAUGUAGC